AUGGCAGCCGAGUCAUUGCCUUUUUCCUUCGGGACACUGUCCAGCUGGGAGCUGGAAGCCUGGUAUGAGGACCUGCAGGAGGUGCUGUCCUCAGAUGAAAAUGGGGCUACCUAUGUUUCACCCCCUGGAAACGAGGAAGAAUCAAAAACUUUUACCACUCUUGACCCUGCCUCUCUGGCUUGGCUAACUGAGGAGCCAGGACCAGCAGAGGUCACGAACACCUCCCAGAGCCCUCGCUCUCCUGAUUCCAUUCAGAGCUCCCUGGCUCAGGAGGAAGAAGAGGAAGACCAAGAAAGACCCAGGAAGCGGAAACAGAGUGGCCAGUCUCUAGCUGGAGCUGGAAAGCAACGCAUGAAGGAGAAAGAACAACAGAAUGAGAGAAAAGUGGCACAGCUAGCUGAAGAGAAUGAACGGCUCAAGCAGGAAAUCGAGCGCCUGACCAGGGAAGUGGAGGCGACUCGCCGAGCUCUGAUUGACCGAAUGGUUAAUCUGCACAAAGCGUGAACGGUUGGAACCAUCACUUCCCCCCUCAGGCUAUUACCUACCUUUUGUGGAAGUGGCUGCUGACCAUCUUCUCAUCAGUGCCAAAUGAUGUGACCCUCGACCCCAUCUAUUCAGUAGGGGGAAAGCUUGGGGUAGACAACAGGAAAGGGUCUCAGCAUGUAUAUAGAGAUUGUACAUUUAUUUAUUACUGUCCAUAUCCAUUAAAGUGACUUCCUAUGA